AUACUCCUUCAGUUCCAGUGUCAAAGCCGGAAACCUCUCUUCCCUCGCUACCCGCCAAAGGGUCCCCUUUGCCUAGCACAGUGGCCGCCACCGCUUCACUGCUGCCUUCGGGGCCACCGCACACCGCAGCGCUCCCCAGUUUGCCGCAAUCCAGUGAACUGUCUGGCAGCUCGCUCUCCCAGUUAAGCAGUUCCCUCUCCAGUCAUCAGAGCAGCCUCUCUUCGGCCUCUGCACUCUCGUCAGCCAUGUUGCACACGCACACUAGCGUUGAGAACUCCGCUGCGCUCCAUCCUCCCGCAGCCGCUUCGGUUGCUUCCACCCCGGUCGUUAGCACCACCUCUGCGGUCUCCAGCAUGGCCAGCGCUACCAACAGCCUUGGCCCGAACGUGACCAGCGUCUCCCUGCCGGCCCCCACCACGAGGGCCGCCCCCUUAGUGUCUUCAGGCAAAGCACCCCCCAACCUGCCCCAAGGUGUACCGCCCUUGUUACAUAACCAGUAUAUUGUGGGACCCGGAGGACUUCUACCUGCCUACCCACAGAUCUAUGGUUAUGACGAUCUCCAAAUGCUGCAGUCAAGGCUGCCUGUGGAUUAUUAUGGGAUCACAUUCCCCGCUCCUGCGACCUUGACGGGCAGAGAGGGCGGCCUGGCCAGCAACCCGUACUCAGGUGACGUAACGAAAUUUGGCCGUGGGGAUUCCGCCUCGCCCGUCCCCGCCACCACUCUGGCCGCUGCACAACAGAACCAGACGCAGACUCACCACACGGCCCAGCAGCCCUUCCUCAACCCCACGCUGCCUCCCGGGUACAGCUACACGGGGCUGCCCUAUUAUGCCGGAGUGCCGGGAGUCCCCAGCGCAUUCCAGUACGGGCCCACCAUGUUUGUCCCUCCUGCAUCGGCCAAGCAACACAGCGUCAGCUUGAACGCCGCCUCCACACCCUUCCAGCAGGCGAGCGGCUACGGUCAGCAUGGCUACGGGGCAGGCUACGAUGACCUGACGCAGGGACCGGCCGCUGGAGACUACAGCAAAGGAGGCUACGCCGGAUCAUCACAAGCACAAAGCAAAUCCUCUGGCAGUGGACCUGGGAAAGGUGUUUCUGUGACCUCAAGUAACACGGGUGUGCCUGAUAUCAGCGGCUCAGUCUACAACAAGACUCAGGCGUUCGACAAGCAGGGAUUCCACACCGGCACUCCACCUCCGUUCAACCUGCCCUCUGCCCUGGGCUCCACGGGGCCCCUGAACCCUGGUGCUGCCGCCGGCUACGCCCCGGCCCCGUUCCUCCACAUCCUGCCUGCCCACCAGCAGCCUCACUCCCAGAUGCUGCACCAUCACCUCCAGCAGGACGGGCAGGGGGGGUCCGGCCAGCGCAGCCAGCCGAGUGCCCUGCAGCAGAAGCCUCAGGCCUCCAAAACGGCCUACGGAGCCUCCCCGUACUGGACGAACUAACCCCGGGUGGGGACAGAAGACAGAGGGUAGCAGGCGACACACAUCUGUGGAAACCCCC